UGAGUGCAGACAGUGGUUGGUCUGUGUGACAAGCAGCUGUCAGUAAUCACUAAAUGAGGCUAGACCAAGGCAGCUGGAGCAGCCAGAGGAACAUUUUGGGAAACUUUUGCAAAAAAUGAUGACCAACAAGCUAGAAAUUGCGCUGAUAAUUCUCAGUGCGGCUUGGGUUCACUUUGUGUCAGCUGGAGGUGCUUACUGUGCCAAAACUGCAAGAGCUCGAGCUGCAGCUUUGGGCUUGGGUUACCCAGGAGUCCAUGGGGCCCCUGACCUUUCUGGACCACCCCCCUUCUUUGCUCAACAUCCCAGUGCGCCUCACCACCAGCACUCCCCAAACAAUCCCCAACCUCCUGCUAUGGACUAUAACGAGUUUUACAAUCUACCCAGAGAAUUUCCACAUUUUCAACCAGCUGGAUAUGGCAGUCACAGUCUAGCUCAAUCCAACCUUCUGAGCAAGCUUUCUGGGGGGGAACCAGUGACCAGUCACCCGACCAAUUUUGAGCAGGUCAAGCAUGAUGGCCCCCUAACACAAAUGCAACCCCCCGGCAUGGAUAAACUUAUGUAUAGGGCUUUGGAAAGUCAGAAAUAUCCACUUCCACUUGUUUACAACUGGCCUGGUAUGGCUGUUGAUGCAUAUGUUCCAAAUACACACGGUACAAGAGGAGUGAAAGGACCACCCCUGCCCCUUAGUCCUGCUUAUGGUGUUUACUAUGUGGUGUACCCUGUGGGAGCUGGGGCAAAGCAGAGUGUAAUGUACCCGAUGGCCACCAGGGGGAGUGUGCCUGAUCAUGCUGCCUGGCAGAUGUAUGGAAGAUCGAACAUGAAGCCGAGAAAUCCAUUUUACCCAUCACAUUUGGAUAAAAGUGAAGAGUUGGACUGAGAGAUGACCCAAGCCAGAUGCCCUUCCAUCUUGAAACAUAUGGAUGGGUUUCCUCCGGGCGCUCCGGUUUCCCCCAUCAACCCAAAACAUUCUACACAGGUCUCCAUAAACAGUUGAUAGUCAUGGUCAGUUAAAUACAAUCAAUUCAAUCAUUGUGUCCUUAGGCAAGACACGUCGCCCACAUUGCCUAGUAUGAAAGUGGUGUGUGUGUGAGUGAUGGUGGUGGUCGGAGGGACUGAUGGCGCCAAGUGGCAUGGCAGCUGCGCUUCUGUCAGUGUGCCCCAAGGCAGCUGUGGCUACAAUAGUAGCUUACCAUCACCAGGGUAUAGAGUGAAUGAAUAAUGCUGAAUAAUGCUGUGUAAAGCGUCUUUGGGGACAGAAAAUGUCUGUGAAAGCGCUAUAUAAAUAAAGACAUACUUACUUACUUACAUGGGCUUACUGUGACUUAUAGGUGCACUAAAACUUUUAAGGUUUAUGGUCCACUACCUGCUUGUCUCCAUGGAAAUUUCACCGCUUUAUCUGGAAGGUUCCACAGUAUAGAACUCAGACUUACAUUUACAUUUACAUACAGCUCCAAUAUGCAUUGAAAAACAUGCAUCUUACUGAGUAGGGUUUUCUCUCCACAGAUUAGACCUGUAACUUGGCCCUUUAGCAUUACCUGCUUGUCUCCAUGGAGAUGGAUAGACCUUUCCAGACACAACAAUAUUAAGUGUGUGGUGGACCCUCUAUGUGAAAAGUUACUCAGUGCACCUGUGAUUGUAACCUAUAUAUUUAAUAGUUCAUCAAAUGCUGGAAAUGCUUACGUUGCAGUUAAUGGUACAUUUGAGAAUUGAAUGUGUUUAAUAAAAUGGCUGAUUUACACAAAACUUGGUUGACACUAAGCCCAAAUAAAGGUCUUGAACUGGC